GCUAUGGAGGCUCAGAAAUAGAGAACAUUGGAGCAGUGGUGUUAAAAGUCUCUUUCAAGAGCAAGUCGAGCAACAUCAAGUUUAAUAUUGUGGAAGCCCCAGGAAGCCCGUCUGUGCUAGGAUGUCGACAGUGCCAGGAGUUAGGAAUAAUUACAGCGAAUGUUGAUGAACUCAGUACAACCCCCUCAAAUGAGGCAUCUUUUCGAUAA